AUGGCAGAGCCCGAGACCUUCGCCUUCCAGGCUGAGAUCAACCAGCUGCUCAGUCUGAUCAUUAACACGUUCUACUCCAACAAGGAAAUCUUCUUGAGGGAACUGAUCAGCAAUGCCUCGGACGCUAUUGACAAAGUCCGUUUCCAGUCCCUCACUGACAAGUCGGUGCUGGAGAGCAACCCAGAGCUUUACAUCCACAUCACGCCUGACAAGGCCAACAACACGCUCACGAUCACAGACUCUGGUGUCGGCAUGACAAAGGCGGAUCUGGUGAACAACUUGGGAACCAUCGCACGCUCGGGGACCAAGGCGUUCAUGGAGGCUCUGAGUGCCGGCGCGGACAUCAGCAUGAUUGGCCAGUUCGGCGUGGGUUUCUACUCCGCCUACCUGGUUGCAGACCGCGUGAGCGUCAUCACAAAGCACAACGAUGACGAGCAGUACAUAUGGGAGAGCCAGGCCGGCGGCUCUUUCACCAUCGCGCGUGACACCGUCAACCCGUCGCUUGGCCGCGGCACGCAGAUCACCCUCCACCUCAAGGAGGACCAGAUGGAGUACCUCGAGGAGCGCCGCCUCAAGGACUUGAUCAAGAAGCACAGCGAGUUCAUCUCGUACCCGAUCAGCCUGUGGGUGGAGAAGACCACCGAGAAGGAGGUGGAUGAUGACGAGGAGGAGGAGCCCAAGGACGACGACGAGGAGGGCAAGGUUGAGGAGAUCAAGGAGGAGGAGGAGGAGGAGAAGAAGGAGAAGAAGAAGAAGAAGGUGAAGGAGGUGUCGCACGAGUGGCAGCUGGUGAACAAGCAGAAGCCCAUCUGGAUGCGCAACCCCGAGGAGAUCUCCAAGGAGGAGUACGAGGCCUUCUACAAGUCCCUCACCAAUGACUGGGAGGAGCCCCUGGCGCAGAAGCACUUUGCUGUGGAGGGCCAGCUAGAGUUCAAGUCCAUCCUCUUCGUGCCCAAGCGCGCCCCCUUCGACCUCUUCGACACCAGGAAGAAGUCGAACAACAUCAAGCUGUAUGUGAGGCGGGUGUUCAUCAUGGACAACUGCGAGGAGCUCAUCCCCGAGUGGCUCGGCUUCAUGAAGGGCAUCGUGGACAGCGAGGACCUGCCCCUCAACAUCUCCCGCGAGAUGCUCCAGCAGAACAAGAUCCUCAAGGUCAUCAAGAAGAACCUCAUCAAGAAGAGCAUUGAGCUCUUCAAUGAGAUUGCCGAGAACAAGGAUGACUACAACAAGUUCUACGAGUCCUUCGGCAAGAACCUGAAGCUGGGAGUGCACGAGGACAGCGCCAACCGCUCCAAGCUGGCAGAGCUGCUCCGCUACCACUCCACCAAGUCUGGUGAGGAGCUGACGAGUCUGAAGGACUAUGUGACCCGGAUGAAGGAGAGCCAGAAGGACAUCUACUACAUCACCGGCGAGUCGCGCAAGGCCGUCGAGAACUCCCCCUUCAUCGAGCGCCUCAAGAAGAAGAACCUCGAGGUGCUGUUCCUGGUGGACCCCAUCGAUGAGUAUGCGGUGCAGCAGCUGAAGGAGUACGACGGCAAGAAGCUGGUGAGCGUGACCAAGGAGGGCCUGACUAUCGACGAGACCGAGGAGGACAAAAAGCGGCUGGAGGAGCUCAAGGCCUCCUACGAGCCCCUCUGCGGCCUCAUCAAGGACAUCCUCUCCGACAAGGUCGAGAAGGUGGUGGUGGGCGAGCGCGCGGUGGACUCGCCAUGCGUGCUGGUGACGGGCGAGUACGGCUGGAGCGCCAACAUGGAGCGCAUCAUGAAGGCGCAGGCCCUGCGCGACUCCUCCAUGUCCUCCUACAUGACCUCCAAGAAGACCCUGGAGAUCAACCCCGAAAACGCCAUCGUCUCGGAGCUGAAGAAGCGCGCUGACGUGGACAAGAGCGACAAGACGGUGAAGGACCUGGUGCUGCUGCUGUUUGAGACUGCGCUGCUGACUAGCGGCUUCUCCCUGGACGAGCCCAACACCUUUGGCACGCGCAUCCACCGCAUGAUCAAGCUCGGCCUCUCCAUCGACGAGGACGACCUGCCCGUGGAGGGUGAUGACGAGGACCUGCCACCCCUUGAGGAGGAUGUGGAUGAGGGCUCCCGCAUGGAGGAGGUUGACUAAGUGCAGCACAGACAACAAAGACAGCAGCCGGUGGGGAGCAGUCAGUGUGGUUGUUCCUUCCCAAGCGCAUGCCUGGAUGCUUUGAGCCGCAGAAGAGACGGGCAAAGUGCCAAGAUUGCUGUGCAUUUGACAAGAGGCUGCAGUGUGCCCCAGAAAGGGGGAGGCUUGGCUGGCUUGGUGCCAAUGGCACAGUGGAAGUGUAGCAAUAUAAGGAGUUGUCCUCUAGCAGAGGGUUUGUCCUUGAACAUCCUGCCCGUGUGAGAAUGUUGAUUCGUGUGUGAUGGGUUUCCUCACAGAGUAUUCUUCACUUUUCCACAGAACAAUUCAUGCUGUCAUAGGAAGGAAUUUAGUACCGGAACAAGCACAUCAUUUUGUUCUAAAUCCUUGCCAAUGAGAUAUCGAUAUAGAGGCAGAGCCAAACGUGAUACGUGCUGUGGUUGAAUCUUAAGCCUCGCCUAAGGUGCAGUGCCCUUUGGCUGUGUAAUACAGCUUGAGCAAAGUCACAGACAUGCAUGAAUAUAUUGUUUGCGAGCUGUUUUACUCACAGUUCCACUUGCAACUUGCCUGAGAUCAUUUCGCCACAAUCAUGCCACCCUUCAAGGCAGUGUCCAUUCUGAGCCAUCAUCAUGAUACACACCAAAUCCAGACUGGAGGUCAAGAACAUGGACAUCCUCUCUUAAAAAACCCAGUACAUUUGUCACAAUUCUGUUCUUCCCUACCAUUGCGAGCGAAGCUUAAAGUCCAAAGCUUAGUUCUGCUUGCUGAUCUGUCAAUAGUGCAUGCCACAGACUCCUUGCCACUGUUGUCCAUGCGAAGAACCUCACAAUGGCAGCAAAAGGCUCUUCCAGAGCAUGUGCUCUUCCAUCAUAAUAAUAUACAAUAGCAUUGAGGCACGCGUCAAUGUGUGAGCCUGGCGACAUCAAUUCUCCUGUCCAUCCAUCGUCCAGACCUUACGCCAUGACAGGGAUGUUGAAGACGACAACACCGUGGCCCAGGUUGAUGAGCUUGUCUGGUCUUUUGUACACCACAAAAUUAUAAAACAAUUGAUGAUGGAACUUGUACAACGCCCUCCAAGUCAAGCCCUUCUUUCCAGAGAGGUCGGCGUGGCGGGACAUACGGAACUUGCUGCAGCACAGCUCCUGCCAUAAAGAAUCGUCACUCAGGACAGCUUCCCUUGAGAACUUGCACACUUGUUCAAAGGUGCACAAGUCUCUCGCGUUGUCAAAUUUACACGCCACCAAGUGCACAAUGUGCAAUGGAAGGUUCUCUAAUUUCACGGGACCCUUCAGCGGUGUCUGCUCAGGCAGAGUGUGCAGAAAUUGCGGGUGCACUAUUAAAGCUUUCUUACCCAUCGUCCUGAAUGACCAUAUAAAACAGGAUGCUGCUUCUCAAUGCCAAGCUAGCUCGCGAGAACCAAUAGUUUUACAUCCUGACCGU